CGGCGCGCCUGGGACUCCGCGGUCGCUCCUGCCGGCUCCCGCGCGCCGUCCUGCGCCCGCCCGCCCGGCCGCGCCAUGGGCCUGAGCUCCAAUGCCAGCGUGCGAGUUGAAUGGGUCGUCGCAGUCACCGUUGCUGCCGGGACGGCCGCACUUGGUUACCUAGCUUACAAGAAAUUCUACGUCAAAGACCAUCGUAGCAAAGCUAUGGUGAACCUGCACAUCCAGAAAGACAACCCCAAGGUAGUCCACGCUUUCGACAUGGAGGACUUAGGAGACAAAGCUGUGUACUGCCGUUGCUGGAGGUCCAAAAAGUUCCCGUUCUGUGAUGGGUCCCACAUAAAGCACAAUGAAGAGACCGGAGAUAAUGUGGGACCCCUGAUCGUGAAGAAAAAAGAAACUUAAUGGACAGUUGUGGCACAGAACACAGCCUGUCCUCACGUCACCUGAUUGUUGAAUUAGAAACUGCCACUUCCACCUGACCUUCCCCAGGUUCUAGGGUGGUACAUCAUCGCUCACUUCAGCUUUUCCCACUUGUGACGUUGGCCUUACCUGUGGAAGCAUCGUGGUGCACCUUUGUUUAAAAAAAGAAAAAGGGAUAAAUCAACCUCAUGGUCUGCAGGUUAUUUUGGUCAUGUAAGGAUCCGUUUCUUUAAAUUUAAAAUAAUGGUCUUAGAAUAUAGUUGUCUAUCGAGGUUAAUGUAUUAAAUUAUUCUCAACAUCAUGUAUGUGGAGAUGGUACUUAUAAAUUUCAAGGGAAAAUUGCCACCUUACAUCACUUAGUUAACCUGGAAAGUAAAUACAGUGGUUAUUACAGCAUAGGAAAACCUGUUCUGAUUUUUGUUUCUUCUUGACCACUGUGGGAGUGGCAUUAGUGUGGCUUCUAUGAUUUUAAGGUUUUCAGUCAAAUUGACUAUGACUGUUGCUCAGUCAGCCCCAUCAAUAAUAAAGGGAUGACCCCA